AUGACAGAUGCAAAACUCCCACGCGACACCUACAAGGAGCCGGCCGAGAUGACCUUCGCACUGCAGUCCUCGAGUACAAUUUUGCAUGAGCGGAAGAUGGUGAUGGAGGAGAUGCGUCAGCGGGAGAACAUGAAGAGGAGGAAGGCGCUAGAGGAACUGUUCCGGAAGGUGGACAUGAAGAGGAAGGAGAGAAAGACCAAGGAAGACACUGUAGCAGCACAAAGAGUCAAUAUGACUAGCAGUAAGAAGCGUAGGCUUGAAGAAGAUGCCUCAGGCGAUACACCUUUGUACAAAAAGCAGUGCCCGAGUCCUCGCAAUGUCCGGUAG